UAGACUACUUGUUCAAGAAUACUUACCCCUUAAAAGUUGCAUGAGUAAGAUUGAAAGAAAGGUAGAAGCUCAAAUUGUGUUUGAAAAGAAAAGAGGGAGUAUUGUUCCUCAUCUCAACUUGUCAUAAAUAUGGAUUCUCAAUCCCAACAACUCAAUGUAAUAUUUCUUCCAUAUCCAACUCCUGGCCAUAUGAUUCCAAUGAUAGACACAGCAAGACUAUUUGCCAAACAUGGUGCUAAUGUUACAAUCAUCACAACACAUGCUAAUGCUUCAUCUUUCCAAAAAGCCAUAAAAAGUGAUUUCAAUUCAGGACACCCCAUCAAAACUCAGCUUAUUCACUUCCCUUCAGCUCAAGCUGGUCUCCCUGAUGGAGUGGAAAACAUCAAAGAUGCAACUUCCUCAGAAAUUCUUGGUAAAAUCAUUCAUGGAAUUGAAAUGCUCAAGGAUGAAAUUGAGCUUCUGUUCCAGAAGCUCCAACCAGAUUGUAUAGUCUCAGAUAUGUUUUACCCUUGGACAGUAGAAUCAGCUGCAAAACUAAGCAUUCCAAGGCUAUACUAUUACAGCACAAGCUACUUCUCAAAUUGUUCUGCUCAUUUUAUUAGAAAGUAUAAGCCUCAUGAAGAUUUAGUUUCUGAUACCCAGAUAUUUUCAAUUCCUGGCCUUCCACAUAACAUUCAAAUUACUUCUCUACAACUACAAGAAGGGGUUAUGACAAGGAAUGAAUUAUCAGAUUAUUUUGAUGCAAUAUAUGAAUCAGAGGGAAGAAGCUAUGGAACACUGUACAAUAGUUUUCAUGAGCUUGAAAGUGAUUAUGAGCAACUUUACAAGAACACAAUGGGGAUCAAAGCAUGGAGUGUAGGACCAGUUUCAACAUGGAUUAACAAGGGUGAUGUUCAAAAGAGACACAAUGAAGACCUUGUAGUAGAGUCAAAAUUGCUAAAUUGGCUAAACUCUAAGCCUGAUGAUUCUGUGUUGUAUGUAAGUUUUGGAAGCCUGACAAAGCUCCCUCAUGCUCAGCUUGUUGAACUAGCUCAUGGGCUUGAAAAUUCACGUCAUAAUUUUAUUUGGGUUGUUAGAAGAAAAGAUGAGGAUGGAGAAAGUUUCUUGGAAGAUUUUGAGGAAAGGAUGAAAGAAAGCAAGAAGGGGUAUAUCAUAUGGAACUGGGCACCACAAGUUUUGAUAUUGGAUCACCCUGCAACUGGAGGUAUUGUGACUCACUGUGGUUGGAACUCAAUCCUUGAAAGCUUGAGUGCUGGUUUGUCAAUGAUCACAUGGCCAAUGUUUGCUGAGCAAUUUUACAAUGAGAAGUUGCUUGUUGAUGUCUUGAAAAUUGGAGUCCCUGUUGGGUCAAAAGUAAACAAAUUUUGGGCUAGUGUAGGUGAAGAUGCAGUAGUGAAAAGGGAAGAGAUUGCAAAGGCUGUGGUACUGUUGAUGGGAAGUGAAGAAGAGAGCAUAGAAAUGAGGAGGAGAGCAAGAAAAAUUGGUGAUGCAGCCAAGAAGAGUAUAGAGGAAGGUGGAUCCUCUUACAACAAUUUGAUGCAGUUAAUAGAUGAGCUAAAAUCAUUGAAGAUAUCAAGAGGCCUUGAGAAAACAAAUUAAAUAAAUGAAAUGGAGGAACAAUAGUGGUGUUUCAGGAUGUGGAGCUUAUCAUUGUAACAAAAAAGAAGGCACAUAGUCAGUAUUUUCUCUUUGAUAUGAAUUUUCAGAAUGCUAGCUAAUUAGAAAUGAAUUUACUUUUAAGUAUUUCAAUAAGAAAUGAAUAACAUAUGAAUUCAUUUUUCUUA